GAGCAUCGCCGCCGCCAUUUUGCGAGGAGAGAGCGGCGGAGGGCGCAGGUGGGGGCGGGGCCGCACCGGGAGGGGCGACCGGGAACGGGACGGGGGGGGCCGGAGGCCUGAAGAUGGUGAAGCUGUUCAUCGGGAACCUGCCGCGGGAGGCGACGGAGCAGGAGAUCCGCUCGCUGUUCGAGCAGUACGGCAAGGUGCUGGAGUGCGACAUCAUCAAGAACUACGGCUUCGUGCACAUCGAGGACAAGACGGCGGCCGAGGACGCCAUCCGCAACCUGCACCACCACAAGCUGCACGGCGUCUGCAUCAACGUGGAGGCCAGCAAGAACAAGAGCAAGGCCUCCACCAAGCUGCACGUGGGCAACAUCAGCCCCACCUGCACCAACCUGGAGCUGCGCGCCAAGUUCGAGGAGUACGGCCCCGUCAUCGAGUGCGACAUCGUCAAGGACUACGCCUUCGUGCACAUGGAGCGGGCGGAGGACGCGGUGGAGGCCAUCCGAGGGCUGGACAACACCGAGUUCCAAGGCAAGCGGAUGCGCGUGCAGUUGUCCACCAGUCGGCUCAGGACUGCGCCCGGGAUGGGAGACAAGAGCGGCUGCUACCGGUGCGGGAAGGAAGGGCACUGGUCUAAAGAGUGUCCGGUAGAUCGCCCGGGGCAAGUGGCUGACUUUACCGAGGCCUAUAACGAGCAGUACGGAGCCGUGCGCACUCCCUACACCGCGGGCUAUGGGGAGACCAUGUAUUACGAUGACGCGUACAGCGGGAUGGCCGACUACUACAAGCGCUACCGCGUCAGGUCCUAUGCGACGGCCUCUGCGUACGACGCCUACGCAGAGCAGACCAUGGCCCAGUACUCCCAGUACGCCCAGUACUCCCAGGUCCAGUCCACGGCCAUGGCGGCCACCACGGCCAUGGCCAGCCGCAUCCCCACCACCUUAGACCCCUACGAUAGAGCUCUGCUGCCCACCCCGGGCGUAGCGGCGGCCGCGGUGGCGGCUGCAGCCACGGCGGCAGCAGCGGCGGCCUCCUCCACCUAUUACACCCGGGAUAGAAGCCCCCUGCGCCGCACGGCAGCCGCGGCCACCACCGUCGGAGAGGCGUACACGUACGAUCGUAGUCAGCUGUCGCCGGUCUCGUCGGUCGCUCGGGCUUCACUCUACGACAUGCAGCGGUUCGGGCGCGACCCGUACGCGGACAGGGCGCGGUACUCUGCCUUUUGAGCCGAGGUAAGAUAAUUGCGGCUGGACGUCGGGUUCCCGUGCCGUGCGCGUCUGACUGUGCUGGGCUUCAAAGCACACCCGUUUCACCUAACGAAUUGGUCCCUAACGGACGCUCGAGCUUCUUCGUAGCGUAGUCAGAAGUAGCUGAUCCCCCUUCCCUGGCCCCACUUUACAUUCAGUCUUUCAGGAUUUGCUUUCUCGCCUCCCCGUGCCGCUCUCCAGCCCCUAGCUGGUCUAGGCUCAGGUUUAGCGCGAGCGUAGCCGUAGCACGAGCUUUGCUUUCCUGCUCCCCCGGCAGCGUGCGUGGAGCUGCUGUUCCCCCUCUCGCAGCCUGGGCUGUAGCUUCUUCUUUUGGUUCGGUUUUGGUUUGUUGGG